AAUUUUUUUGCGACGAAAUCUUGACUAGAGUAUAAAUCGAUUUCAAACCUACGUUCAAAUUGUGGCGCGUGCUCAACAAACUCAGUGUUGUUUAGGUUUAGCAGUUUUACGAAAGGAAUUUUACUGUAAAUAAUUUUGCAUAUCCAGGUUAUAAAUAUAUUAAUUAGAAUUUGAACUUAACGGAUGAAUUAGAUUCUAGAUAAUUGAAAUAACCGAUUAAGAUAACGAAGCGUACACUAAAUAUGGCUGUGUCACCCCUUUUUGGUGUGUGGGAUUAUGUGGUGGUUGCAGUAGUUUUAUUGAUUUCAUCUAUGAUCGGUAUUUACUACAGGUUUACUGGAGGAAAACAGAAAACUGUACAGGAAUAUCUAUUAGCGGAUAAGAACAUGUCUAUAACUCCAGUAGCCUUUUCCCUGAUGGCUUCUUUUAUGUCGGCUAUCACAUUGCUGGGCGUGUCCAGUGAGAAUUAUACUUAUGGAUUUCAGUUUAUUGUCAUUAACCUUACAUAUGGUUUUUUUACACCUGUAGCUGCAUAUUUAUUUUUACCAAUAUUUUUUAAACUGCAAGCGACCAGUGCUUAUGAGUAUCUGGAACUUAGAUUUGGAAAAAUUUCAAGAUUAGCUGCGUCAUUAUCCUACACGUUACAAAUGACACUUUAUAUGGGAAUUGUUGUUUAUGCUCCUGCUUUAGCUCUGGAAGCUUUAACGGGAAUUAGUAAAGAGGUGGCAAUUUUAUCUAUAGGUGUUGUAUGUACAUUUUACUCAACUCUUGGAGGAAUGAAGGCGGUAUUGAUGACUGACGUCUUUCAGUCACUUCUCAUGUUUGCGGCGGUAUUUAGCGUAAUCGGAAGCGCUGUUGUUAAUAAAGGCAGCUUUGCUGAGAUUUGGAGAAUUGCUGAAGCUGGUAGAAGGACAGAAUUAUUAAACUUUGAUCCUGAUCCAACCGUACGGCACUCGUGGUUCACCUUGAUCAUCGGCGGUGGAAUAACAUUUCUCACUCUCUAUGGUGUGAACCAAACACAGGUUCAAAGGUACCUAACAAUUAGCAAUUUAAAAGACGCUCAAAAAGCGCUAUGGUUGAAUUGGCCUAUUUUAUCUCUAUUAAGUCUCAGCACGUCUUUCGCUGGUCUUUGUAUAUAUUCGAGAUAUUAUGACUGUGAUCCUGUCAAAGCAAAUAUCAUAAGCAACGCCGAUCAACUGAUGCCUUAUUACGUAGUUGAUACGAUGGGAUUUAUACCAGGGUUAUCCGGAUUAUUUGUUGCUGGAAUUUUCAGUGCUGCAUUGUCAACAGUGUCAGCUGCUCUAAACAGCUUAGCUGCUGUGACUGUAGAGGAUUAUUAUAAGCCCUUAUACCGAUAUGCCUUUAAACAAGAUCUUCCAUCUGAUAGUAGUUCCUGGCAAACAAAAUUGAUUGCAUUUAUUUACGGAUUGAUAUGCGUUGGUGUAGCGUUCCUUGCUCAGUUUCUUGGAGGACUUCUUCAAUCGGCACUAACUAUUUUUGGACUUGUUGGAGGUCCACUUUUAGGACUGUUUUCUUUGGGAAUGUUUACCCUUACUGCCAAUGAAUCGGGUUCUGUAACUGGAUUGGUAUCUGGCAUUGCCAUCGCCGCAUGGAUGGCAUUUGGUCCAAAGCCAGCGCCCACAGCACUUCCUACCUCAAUCGAUGGUUGUGAGACGUUUGUAAAUAUUACUCAAACCGAAAGUGUUCAAAAAGAUGACAGCGAGUAUUUAUGGAUAAAUAGAGUAUCCUAUUUGUACAAUGGAGUAGCAGGACUGAUUAUUACACUAUUUGUUGGAUAUAUCGUCAGUUAUAUCGUACGAAAAAUCACAGGAAAACGUGUUGAAGAUGAAGACUAUGAUCCGAAUUUGUUUAUACCAAUACUGUCAAGAAGUUUAUUAAAGAAUAAGAAACAAUUUAUAGAAUUACAUGAAAAGGCCGAAGUUAAAGCGUAAUACAAAGAUUGUGGGUACAGUUUUGAUGAAUUUAAAACUAAAUAUUUAUUGGUAUAGAAAUUGGCGUUAAAAAGAAGAGAAAAGAAAAAUUAUGUUUAUGUUUGUUAAAUCGAAUUAAAAAAUCGUGGUUUGUUUUUUAGUAUUUUUUUUUUGAAUUAACAAGUUAAAAUAAGUUAUAAGUAACUGUGAGUUAAACAAAACUAAUUAGACUUUUUGUAUUUGGUUAUAUCUGUUGGCUUAAUUUACACCUAGUUUAUUUAUAGCAUGAGUAGAUUGUGAUUGUAUUAACAACUUUUAAUAAGGAUACGAGGAUAGUGCAAAUAGUUUUUGUCUCACAAUGAUGCAAAAGGUUUUUUUGGGAAUUUUUUUUUCCUUUGCUUGAAGUAUUGUACACUUCUCCUACCUCAUCUGACUCUUUAAACAUUCAUCUUUCUUUAAACAGUAGUAGGACUAGUUAGCUUCUUUGUUAGCAAAACAGUUGUUUCUAAAAGUUACCACCUCUUCGUUUGUCAAAUUGUUUUUCCCCCAAGCUUAACUUUCAGCUGUGAAAAUGCAAAAAAGUCACUAGGCGCCAAGUCUGGCGAAUACGGUGUGUAACCUAGCAGGUGAAACUGUAACUUAUGGAACUGUCGCAUGUCGUACCCAUAACUGUGUGCGAGACAACUGUGUUCUUUACGUGCAAACGUAACAGAUUUGCCGUAUUUCCAACAUACAGUUUUUCCAGUAUUAUUGCACCGUAUUUUCCUUUAAUGGUUUGGUCUCAAAUUUUAGUGGUCGCUUCUCAAAAAAUUCGCAUGCAAAUUUCAUGACUUCGGAGUUAACUAAAUAUAGUGAGGUCGGAAACUGUUUAUACUUUCCCUCGAAUUUCUUAAGUAGAAUAAUAUACAUUUCUGAGCUAAAGGUAGUUACAGGACACUGUCCGUUGGUCAUUAUAGAGGGUGUCCCAAUAUUUCGUAGACAUAGAACUACUACGUAUUUUUCGAACCAAAAUAAGUCCAUUGGACACAAUUUACCUUUGUACAAAAGUGCUUUGUUUGUCCGCUAGG